GGAGAACCGACGAAAGGUCCGAGGCCUACGAGGGCAGUUCAAGUUUGUUUUCGUCAUUUGAUUGGAAAUUACUUCUAUUUAGGUAAUUUCCAAUGUCCAGUGUGGACUUCCCUCGGACUCCCACACCGAAAUCUUGAACCCCGCGGAUGAUGUACACGCUCUUUUUCUAGCUUUCACCUUUCUUUCUAGAUCGUCGUCGUCAUCGUCGUCUACCGUUCUUCCGGCUCGUUUCAUUGUCUGCCGCCACGGGAGGCGGAUACGCAUCUGUCAUAUCUGUCAAGUGUGUGACUUUGAUCGAAUCGGGAUUUUGUGUGUGUUGCUGGAACAUGCAGCAUUGGUCCUACGCUUUCUGUUCGCUUGAUUUAGGGUUUCUUGGAUCUAAAUGGUGUCUGCUUCAUCAGCGUUCUAUCUGAUGCAAUCAAGAUAACUGAUUACGGCUCUGGUUGCUUGGAGCUGUUGAUUGAUUAUGGAGAUGGAAGAGCAAUCGCAGUUGGAGCUGAUCCAGCGUUAUCGGCGAGAUCGAAUGGUUCUGCUGAAUUUUAUCUUAUCUGGGAACUUGAUUAAGAGAGUUGUGAUGCCUCCUGGUGCUGUUUCUUUGGAUGAUGUUGACCUGGACCAAGUCAGCAUUGAUUAUGUUCUUAACUGUGCCAAAAAAGGAGAUGUGCUGGAAUUAUCAGAAGCAAUCAGAGAUCAUUAUGAAAAAGUCAUCCUUCCAGCGACUAUAAAGGGCGGGUCAGCAGAAGAAUUUUUUUUACUUACUAGGCCAGAAUUCUCAGGAUCACCUCCAUCACGGGCACCACCUCCAGUUCCUGUCCAUACCGUGCCAGCAGCUAUUGUGGCAAAUCUGACAAAGUCACAGUCACUUCAUUCCCCACCUGUUCAGGAGUUAACAAUAGAUGACAUUGAGGAUUUUGAUGAUGAAGAUGAUGAUGCAGGACUUAAUGAACUCAAGGUUGUAAGACGUCAACGAAAUGAUGCAAGUGACCUCAUCUUUGAGUUGCCUCCAUUUUCAACAGGUAUAACAGAUGAUGAUCUUCGCGAAACAGCAUAUGAGGUUCUCUUAGCUUCUGUAGGAGCUACAAGGGGUCUCUCUCUGCCAUCUAAGGAAAAGAAGAAGGAGAAGAAAUCAAAAUUGUUAAGGAAGCUUGCUCGCAGUAAGAGUGAAACCGUUGCAUCCCAAGCCUCACAUGAAUCAGGUUUGGCUGUACUUUUGGAGGCAAUACGUGUGCAAAUGGAGAUUUCAGAUGCCAUGGAUGUCAGAACACGGCAAGGCUUUCUUCAUGCACUCAAUGGUAGAAUUGGGAAAAGGAUGGACACCCUCUUGGUUCCACUAGAACUACUGUGUUGUAUUUCACAGGCAGAUUUUUCUGACAAAAAAUCAUAUCUAAAAUGGCAGAAAAGGCAGUUUAAUGUACUUGAAGAAGGGCUUCUACACCAUCCUGUGGUACCAUAUGUUGAGUCAGGCCAUAAACCAAGUGAUUUGACAGUACUUUUGGCAAAGAUUGAAGAAUCUGAGGUUCUUCCAUCUUCUGCAGGUGAAAUACAAAGAAAUGAAUGUCUCAGAUCUCUGAGGGAUAUUGCCCUUGCACUUGCUGAGAGGCCUGCACGUGGUGAUCUUACAGGUGAUGUCUGUCACUGGGCAGAUGGUUACCAUCUCAAUGUUAAAUUAUAUGAGAAGCUGCUAUUUAGUGUUUUUGACAUACUGGACGAGGGAAAACUUGCUGAGGAAGCAGGAGCAAUUCUUGAACUCUUGAAAUCAACCUGGCGAAUUCUAGGAAUCACAGAGACUAUUCAUGGUACAUGCUAUGCUUGGGUCUUAUUUCGGCAGUUUGUCGUAACUGGUGAACAACGGCUUCUACAACAUGCCACUGAAAUGCUAAGAAAGAUUCCACUAAAAGAGCAACGAAGUAUGCAGGAAAAGUUAUAUCUGAAAGGCCUCCGUUCUUCAAUUGAAGGAGAAAUAGGGAAUCAAGAAUUAACAUUUAUGCAUUCUGUGUUGUCACCUAUAAAGCGGUGGGCUGAUAAGCGUUUGGAGGAUUAUCAUUGCCAUUUUUCUGAGCACCCUGGUGCGAUGGAGGGAAUAGCAAGUGUUGCAGUACUUACUAGGAGGCUUUUAGUAGAAGAAGCUAAUCAGGGGAGGGAGUCAGAUCGAGACCAGGUUGAGGGCUACAUCUCUUCUUCUAUCAAGUAUGCAUUUACACGGGUUUUACGGGAUGUUGAUGAUGCAUCAGAAGUAACCAGGGAGCAUCCUUUAGCAUUGCUUGCUGAAGAAUUGAGAAAACUUUUAAAGAAAGAGUCAACCAUGUUCUCACCUAUAUUAUCUUGCUGGCAUCCACAAGCUGUUGCUAUAUCUGUUUCUUUGCUUCAUCGGCUGUAUGGAGGCCGCUUGAGACCAUUUCUAGAUGGAGCUGAGCACCUUACGGAGGAUGUGGUUUCUGUAUUUUCAGCAGCUGAUAACUUAGAGCGGUAUAUGAUGGGAGUAGUUGUGACUUCAUGUGAAGAUGAAAUGAUUGAUGAAUUUUACAAAAAAAAGAUAACCCCUUACCAGGUCGAGUCAAUAUCAGGAAUGCUGGUAAUGCGUUGGGUAAACUCCCAACUGGGAAGGAUUUUAGGGUGGGUUGAAAGAACAAUUCAGCAGGAGAAAUGGGAACCUUUAUCACCUCAACAGCGCCAUGGGAGUUCAAUUGUUGAAGUAUAUCGGAUCAUAGAGGAGACGGUUGAUCAGUUUUUUGCCUUGAAAGUGCCUAUGAGGCUCACAGAAUUGAAUAGCCUCUUCCGUGGUCUUGAUAAUGCAUUUCAAGUUUACACAAGGAAUGUUGUUGACCAGAUAGGAAACAAAGAUGAUUUGAUACCACCCUUGCCUAUCCUUACGCGGUAUAAAAAAGAAUCUGGGAUUAAAGCUUUUGUCAAGAAAGAGUUGAUUGAUCCUCGAAUGCCUGAUCAUCGGAGAUCUAGCCAAAUCAAUGUGCUCUCCACUGCCAAACUAUGUGUUCAGUUGAACACUCUUUAUUAUGCCAUCAGCCACUUGAACAAAUUGGAAGAUAACAUCCGAGAGAGAUGGUCAAGUAAAGCGCCUCAGGAAAAUUUGAAUGCUAAGAGGACAAUUGAUGAUUUGUCAAGAAGUGAUCUCAAUAACGGCCAAACAGAUGCAUUUGAUGGAACAAGGAAAGACAUAAAUGCAGCAAUAGACAAAAUUUGUGAGUUCACAGGAACGAAGAUUGUCUUCUGGGAUUUAAGGGAACUAUUCAUAGAUGGGCUGUAUAAACCUACUGCUUCUCAGUCCAGGUUGGAAGCACUGAUUGAAUCAUUUGAUGGGGUGCUCAUCCAACUCUGUGAUAUUAUCAUGGAGCCACUUAGGGACAGGCUUGUAUCUGGGCUUCUUCAUGCAUCGCUGGCAGGACUAGUUCGAGUUUUACUUGAUGGUGGUCCGUUGCGAAUCUUUUUCCAAAGUGAUGCUAGACUUUUCCAAGAAGAUCUUGAAAUCUUAAAGGAAUUCUUUAUUUCAGGUGGUGAUGGUUUGCCACGUGGGAAGGUUGAGAACUUGGCGGUACGUGUGCAGCUGGUCAUUAAGCUACAUGGCCUUGAGACACGCGAACUUAUCGAAGAUCUGAAGGCCAUUAGCAUGCAAGGAAACAGGAGCAAACUAGGGACCGAUACCGAAACUUUGCUGAGGGUCUUGUGCCACAGAGCUGACACGGAAGCAUCUCAGUUCCUGAAAAAGCAGUAUAAGAUCCCCAGUUCUUCCAGUUAGAGAUGUGAAUUUCCUGUAGCAUAUAUUCUAAUGGAUGGGGCAGCACGGUUUUUGAAAUACAUAUUGUUUUUGUAUUUUGUGUAGGCAUCAUUUAUGUAUGCAUAUUGUGUUAUUCUAUUUAUCCUCUUUUCUUAUUACGAGGCCCUGGGUCCUACCCUGUUUGUAUGUAAGCCAUGCCAAUCCAUUGACAGUGGUUGUAGAUGUACAAAAAGUGUUUCUUAUUUUCAAGUAUAUUGUGAGCACAAGCAGCACAA